UGCACAAAGCGUCGUGCAAGUGUGUAACAAUGCUCGGGUGCAGGAGCAAGCUGUCUCAAACCAUAAAGAGAAAGAAGAACAAAAGCAAAUCCAGAAACAAGACCACAAACAGAACUGUUUCCAAAACACGAAACUCCAUUUCCAAAAAACAAGAAUCUCGGUAUGAAGAGGAGUAUGAAGAAGAAGAAGAAGAAGAAGAUACUGAAGGAGGUUUCAGCCUGAAGACCUCGGCUGCUCCUUCACACACUCAUGGGGUUCAACCACUGGGCAAUCUCUAUCUCUAUCCAGGUUCCGUCAACUCCAGAAAUACUGGCUUAGGUAACCUCCAAACCCUUACUGAUGAGCUCGUUCUCGAUAUUCUUGGGCUUCUGGGUGCGACCCAUUUAGGGGUCUUGGCCACUGUUAGCAAAUCUUUAUAUGUUUUCACUAACCAUGAACCACUCUGGAGGAACCUUGUACUGGAAAGUCUAAAUAAUGGGUUUUUGUAUAAUGGGUCUUGGAAAUCUACUUAUAUUGCUGCUUAUUGCCCUUCCUUCGAUGUUUCCAGUAUUGGUGUUUCGGGUUUGAGAGUGAGGGAUUUUUAUUCUGAUUAUCUUUUUCAGAGUUGGCUCUGUGCUAAUCUUGAAAUGAAACCCGAGUGGCUUGAAAGGGAUAAUAUAAUACGAAGGAAGGGCAUUUCAGUUGAGGAAUUCGUGUUGAACUUUGAGGAACCGAAUAAGCCGGUGUUGUUGGAAGGGUGUAUGGAUAAUUGGGUUGCAUACGAAAAAUGGGAUAGAGACUAUUUGGUUCAGUUGUGUGGUGAUGUUAAGUUUUCGGUUGGGCCGGUGGAGAUGAAGCUUGAGGAGUACUUUAGGUACUCAGAUCAGGCUCGGGAGGAAAGGCCAUUGUAUUUGUUUGACCCAAAAUUUGCUGAAAAAGUUCCAAAGUUGGGUUUGGAAUAUGAAGUUCCAGUGUACUUUCAGGAGGAUUUGUUUAGUGUUUUGGGCCAUGAGAGACCAGAUUAUAGGUGGAUUAUAAUUGGACCGGCUGGGUCUGGUUCAUCAUUCCACAUUGAUCCUAACUCGACGUCAGCCUGGAAUGCAGUGAUCAAGGGGUCCAAGAAGUGGGUCUUGUUUCCUCCUGAUCUAAUUCCCCCAGGGGUGCAUCCAAGCCCGGAUGGUGCAGAGGUGGCUUGUCCUGUUUCAAUCAUUGAGUGGUUCAUGAACUUCUAUAUAACAACUAAAACUUGGAAAAAGAAACCUAUUGAGUGCAUCUGUAAGGCUGGAGAGGUGAUCUUUGUGCCUAAUGGAUGGUGGCAUUUGGUGAUCAACCUGGAGGAAUCCAUUGCCAUUACACAGAAUUAUGCUAGCAGGAGAAAUUUGUUGAAUGUUAUGGAUUUUCUUAAAAGGCCAAAUGCGCACACUCUGGUAUCUGGAACAAGAGACCGUGUGAAUUUGUAUGACAAGUUUAAGAAUGCCAUUGAAACUUCUCGCCCUGGAACUAUAGACGAGUUGGUGCAGAAAGCAGAGGAGAAAAAGGCACAACAGAAGAAACUUUCCUUCUGGGAUUCAGUAACGGAUUCUAAGGUGGGUGCUUUCAAGUUCUCUUUCUAGACAGACAAAUGAUGACCACAACUGAAUGAGCAAACCAGAGAAAUACUCUACAAUGGGGCAACAUACUUUUUGGAGUAUAACAAUCUCUUUUGGUGCUUCCAUCUUUCUUAGAGAUGAACCAUUCGAACAAUUUUGACAUUGAUUUUUUAAUUGACAUCAUUGUACUUUAGUCAUUGUUUUACAAUAUAAAUGCAUUUCUUUUUAUAA